UAUUGAGUCUAGGACCUUCAAUUUAUUGUUUAAGAAAAAAAAAAAAAAAAGAAGCUAAAAUAGUUUCUAUUACGAAACGAGGGUUUAGGUUUGAGAGUUAGGGUUUUCUGAAUCUCCGAUCCAUUUCACAUAGACACAGUCGAGCUAUGGCCGUGGAUAAUCCAGAGGAUGGAUUGAAGAAGCUGGAAUACUUGUCGCUUGUAUCGAAGGUUUGCACCGAGUUGGAGUCCCACACCGGCACCGGCGACAAGGUACUCGCCGAGUUCAUCACCGAUUUAGGUCGAUCGUCGGAGAAUGUUGAGGAAUUCGAUGCGAAACUGAAGGAGAACGGUGCUGAGAUGCCGGAUUACUUUGUCCGAACACUCCUUACCAUAAUCCACGCCAUUCUCCCUCCCAAAUCCAAGGAUUCGAAGAAAGAGAAAGAGAGCGCCACCGGCAAAGGCACCAAGUUCAAGGCCUUGGCCAUUGCAGAUGAUAGGGAUCGAGUGAGGGAGCUUCAGAAGGAGAUAGAAACCGAGGCCAAACAGAAACAAAAUCAACACGUGGAUGAAGAAGAUGGUUACAGAGACAGAGAUAGAAGAGAUAGGCGCAGAGAUAGGUACGAAAGAGAAGAGAGGGUUAGAGAUAGAGAUGAUGAAGAUGAGAGAAGGGAUCAUAGGAGAAGAGGAAGAGAUAGGGAUAGGGAUAGGGAUGGGGAUAGAGAUAGAGAUAGAGAUAGAGAUAGAUAUGACAGGCGCAGGAGAGAUGGGUAUGAAGAGAAUGAACGUGAAAGGGAGAAUGGUGAUGAUGUUGAUGAUGGUGAUAGGAAAGGUCGUAAGGAUCCACGUAGAGAUAGAUAUGACAGGCGCAGGAGAGAUGGGUAUGAAGAGAAUGAACGUGAAAGGGAGAAUGAUGAUGAUGUUGAUGACGGUGAUAGGAAAGGUUGUAAGGAUCCACGUCAUGUGGCUACUGAACCUGAGUUGUAUAAGGUUUAUAAAGGAAGAGUGUCGAGGGUUAUGGAUACAGGGUGUUUUGUUCAGUUCGAUAAUUUUAGAGGGAAGGAGGGUUUGGUGCAUGUUUCUCAGAUUGCUACUCGAAGGAUUAGUAAUGCUAAGGAUGUUGUCAAGCGGGAUCAGGAGGUUUAUGUGAAGGUGAUAUCGGUUUCUGGUCAGAAAUUGAGUCUUUCAAUGAGGGAUGUUGAUCAACACACUGGCAAGGAUCUUCUUCCGUUGAAGAAGAGCUCCGAGGAUGAUGUUUUCCGGAUGAAUCCGCAGGAUUCAAAGGAUGGUCCAGUUUCGAGGACAGGGCUUUCAGGUAUCAGGAUAGUGGAAGAGAAUGAUGCUGGUUCUUCUCGGAGACCUUUGAAGAGGAUGAGCUCACCGGAGAGAUGGGAAGCGAAACAGUUGAUUGCUUCGGGUGUUAUGAGUGUUGCAGAGUAUCCAACAUAUGAUGACGAGGGAGAUGGGUUGCUAUACCAAGAGGAAGGUGCUGAGGAAGAGCUUGAGAUCGAGAUGAAUGAGGAUGAACCUGCCUUCUUGCAAGGGCAGAGCAGAUACUCGUCGGACAUGUCCCCUGUUAAGAUUUUUAAGAAUCCAGAAGGUUCUCUUGGUCGUGCUGCUGCACUUCAGUCUGCACUUAUAAAGGAGCGUAGGGAAGUACGAGAACAACAACAACGCACAAUGCUUGAUUCAAUUCCAAAGGAUCUCAAUCGUCCGUGGGAAGAUCCUAUGCCAGAGUCAGGUGAAAGGCAUCUUGCCCAGGAGCUUAGGGGUGUUGGCUUAUCAGCCUAUGAUAUGCCAGAAUGGAAGAAGGAUGCCUAUGGUAAAACCAUUACUUUUGGGCAAAGGUCAAAGCUUUCUAUUCAAGAACAGAGGCAGAGUUUGCCAAUUUACAAGUUAAAAAAAGAAUUGAUUCAGGCUGUCCAUGAUAAUCAGGUGUUGGUGGUGAUUGGUGAAACAGGUUCGGGUAAGACUACUCAGGUCACGCAGUAUCUUGCUGAAGCCGGUUACACCACAAGAGGUAAAAUUGGAUGUACUCAACCUCGUAGGGUGGCUGCAAUGUCAGUUGCAAAGAGAGUUGCGGAAGAGUUUGGUUGUCGAUUGGGAGAGGAAGUUGGUUAUGCCAUUCGGUUUGAGGAUUGCACUGGGCCAGAUACCGUAAUCAAGUACAUGACAGAUGGUAUGCUUCUUAGGGAAAUAUUGGUUGAUGAGAAUCUCUCACAAUAUUCUGUUAUAAUGCUUGACGAAGCCCAUGAAAGAACUAUUCACACUGAUGUUCUUUUUGGAUUGCUGAAGCAGCUAGUGAAGCGUAGACCUGAAUUGCGGUUGAUUGUCACAUCUGCUACUCUGGAUGCUGAGAAAUUUUCAGGAUAUUUCUUUAACUGUAACAUCUUCACAAUUCCUGGGAGAACUUUUCCUGUGGAGGUACUUUAUACUAAACAACCAGAAAGUGAUUACUUAGAUGCAGCUUUAAUCACUGUCCUACAGAUUCACUUGACAGAACCUGAAGGAGAUAUACUUCUCUUCUUGACUGGUCAAGAGGAGAUUGAUUUUGCUUGCCAGUCUCUCUAUGAGAGAAUGAAGGGAUUAGGUAAGAAUGUUCCAGAGCUGAUCAUUUUACCUGUUUAUAGUGCCCUUCCUAGUGAAAUGCAAUCUAGGAUAUUUGAUCCUGCUCCUCCUGGGAAAAGGAAAGUGGUCGUGGCUACUAACAUUGCGGAGGCUUCUUUGACUAUUGAUGGGAUAUUUUAUGUAAUUGAUCCUGGAUUUGCGAAGCAAAAUGUUUAUAACCCAAAGCAAGGUCUUGAUUCUUUGGUGAUAACUCCAAUUUCACAAGCAUCAGCCAAACAAAGAGCUGGACGUGCGGGGCGUACUGGUCCUGGUAAGUGUUAUCGCCUCUAUACUGAGAGUGCAUACAGGAAUGAGAUGUCUCCUACUUCAAUUCCAGAGAUUCAAAGGAUAAAUCUGGGGACAACUACUCUUAAUAUGAAAGCCAUGGGGAUAAAUGAUCUCUUGUCCUUUGAUUUUAUGGAUCCACCGUCACCCCAGGCACUUAUUUCCGCCAUGGAGCAGCUUUACAGUCUUGGAGCAUUGGAUGAAGAGGGCCUCCUAACCAAAUUAGGGAGGAAAAUGGCGGAAUUUCCUUUGGAUCCACCAUUGUCCAAGAUGCUGCUUGCCAGUGUGGACCUGGGAUGCAGUGAUGAAAUUUUGACCAUAAUUGCCAUGAUCCAGACUGGCAAUAUUUUUUACAGACCCAGGGAAAAGCAAGCCCAAGCAGAUCAGAAGAGAGCAAAGUUUUUCCAGCCAGAGGGUGACCAUCUUACACUUCUUGCUGUUUAUGAGGCUUGGAAAGCUAAGAAUUUUUCUGGGCCCUGGUGUUUUGAGAACUUUGUUCAGUCUCGAUCAUUGAGAAGAGCACAGGAUGUCAGGAAACAGCUUCUCACCAUCAUGGAUAAGUACAAAUUGGAUGUUGUCAGUGCUGGUAAAAACUUCACCAAGAUUAGGAAGGCUAUCACUGCAGGAUUCUUUUUUCAUGCAGCUAGAAAGGACCCCCAGGAAGGUUACAGAACCCUUGUUGAGAACCAGCCUGUAUAUAUCCAUCCAAGUUCAGCUUUGUUCCAGAGACAGCCAGACUGGGUCAUCUACCAUGAACUUGUGAUGACAACUAAGGAAUAUAUGCGUGAAGUCACUGUCAUUGACCCGAAAUGGCUUGUUGAAUUGGCUCCAAGAUUCUUCAAAGUGGCAGAUCCUACAAAGAUGAGCAAGCGAAAGCGUCAAGAGCGUAUUGAACCACUCUAUGAUAGAUACCACGAACCAAAUUCGUGGCGUUUGAGUAAACGCCGUGCAUGAUAUGAGGUUUUUCCUUUGGCGGGGAAGUGGGUUUGGUACACAAGUUUUCAUAUCUUAGUAUAUUGGAGCUUUACAUUAUCUGUAGGUUCAAGAAUUAAGUAAUGGCCAUUUAAAUUUUGGCAGAAGUUUUGAUUUAUGUAGUACGAAUAUGUUUCUGACUGAUAUUUCAAUGGUGAGAAAGCCAGAUUUUGGAUCAACCAAAGAUUUAUUGAGUUCACUUCCUUUUGGAGGAUUUUAUGGAUUAAAUUUACUGCAUAUUUUGUGACUUUGCUUUGUGCUUUGUUCAUAACAGACUAACAGUUCAAGGCCAUUCUCUUUGUCAAUGAACUUGCUUUUUGAAUUAAAUGCUUUAUCAACUUAUCAAGCAAUUACCCUGUUUGUUUAGUUUUCUGGGAUAUCAAUUUCGACAAUAAUUAUCAGACUGUUAUUACAUUCCAUGAUAAUAUUUAUCCAAUGGUGGCAGCAGAACCCAUAACAACAGUAGAAUAGGAAACAAGAAAUCUCAUGUUAUACUUGAGGCAUGGAAUGCAUCUCAAUGAUCACAAUACUGAUCAAUUUUUUAUUUUAUUUUUAUAUAACAGUUUCCACAAUAAUUAUCAGACUGCUAUUACAUUCAAUGAUAAUAUAUAUCCAAAUGUGGCAGCAGUGAUAAAACCCAUAACAACAGUAGAAUAGGAAACAAGAAAUCUCAUGGUUAUACUUGAGGCAUGGAUUGCAUCACAUUGAUUGCAAUACUGAUAAUUUUUUAUUAUUAUUUUUAUUUUUUUCUGGUUUUGUUCAAACCAAAAUUAUAUGUUGAUUUUAUACGUACUCUAUUAUAUGAAUUUGUUCAAUUUCCAACCAAUGUCUGACCAAUGUUAAUGGCAAUUCUACUUUCUUGUCUUGUGAUUUUGCUAACUAACUGUAUAGGAGAUUGUGGGGUCAUGUAUGAACUUGAUUGAGCAGUUCAUUACUGUCUGAGUAUGUUAUGCAUGUAAUUUUCUGGGUGCAGAAGCAACAGCCUCCCCUCCCUUAGGAUUUACUAAAUAUAAUAGAGGCUGUGUUUUUGUAUUAUUUUUGAACCUGAGCAGGGACGGAGCUAUGACUUAAAUCAAUUUGUUGACUUUAAAAUUACUGAUUAGGUUGUUAAUAAGUAAUUAAUCUGGUAUUAUAUGGAUUUUAUUAAUAGACAAGGAUGCAUUGCAUGCAUGUAUUAAAAAUAAUAUUCUGAGAUUGCCUUCCUCAGUCCUUUUUAUUUUCUGUUUGGGCUUUUGUAGUUCUUUGCUCUUUUGUUUAGGAUGAUUAUCAACCAAUAAUCUCAUAUAUGAUUCUUUAACUAGACUAGAAGUCUAUUAAUUUUUUCCUGCCACAUAUACAAAGGAUUUUAUACUAGAAUAGAAUUCAAGAUAGUCUUAUGAAAUACAGAAAUAAUAAUAGCCAUGAAUUGUUCUAAUGAACCUAAGUUUCAUCAGUUCAAGAAGGCACUUUUAUUAUCUGGCAUAUAACUUUUUGACCAUUGUAAUUUUGCAGUCUUGAUGAUGGAUUUCCAGUUGUCACGUUUCACUUUGAGGGGCUUUCUCUGAUAGUUUAUCCUCACGACUACCUGUUCCUGCUUAAAGAGGACAUGUAUUGUAUUGGCUGGCAGAAAAGCGUAGACCAAAGUAAGAGUAGAAAGGAUUCUUCUUGUAGAUUUGGUGCUGUCGAACAAAUUAGUCGUAUAUGAUCUUGAAAAUAUGGUCAUUGGAUGGACUAAUUACAAUUGCUCUUCCAGCAUUAAAGUGAAGGAUGACACAACUUGAUCUGUAUAUACAGUGGGUGCACACAACCUUUCUUCAGCUUCCACCGUGUUAAUUGGAAGAAUAUUGACGUUCUUUUUGUUGCUUAUCGGCAUGGUAAACAUUUAAUUUUGACUUGUUAUCUAGAGAAAUGGCAUUUAUUUCAUUUUAUUGUAAUUUAAUUCCCUGAAUGGUAUGCUUAAUGCGUAUAAU